UAUUAUGGAACUUGUGCAUGAAUCAUGUUGCAGAUGAAAGUCUGUGUUGUGAACUAGUCAGAAAAUCUCAUCUUUAUUACCAUCAAACAUAUAAAGGACUUAUCAUUUUGAUGAAGAAUCGAAGUUCGUAGACUUUUCAAGCGGAUGAUCUCACUGUGACAUCAUCAGCCAUACGGAUCGAGUCAGUUCAUUGACGGAAAGCCGCUCGGCUUCGUUUAAAGCUCUCUGGCCAAGACAGUCAAAGAACCCAUUACACCUUCUUGAAGUUCUUGAGCAUGUGAGGUAAAGCGAGGGAGCAUUGAGGUAAUCGCAGACAGAAAUUGAAAGAAUGAUGUUGUUCUCAUCGCGUCGCAGCUAUCAGAUGAAGAUGGACGUCGGACAGGUGGUCGUUGCCCUGGUCGUCCUCUGCACGGAGAUCAUGCAGAUCACCGCUGAUGUCAUAGCUACUUCUCCGCACAACGAUACCACCGCUUUCCAGUCAGUCACAGCUGCGUUUGGGCCUCCCCCAGAUGGGCAAAUGCAGGGUUUGUUAGUAGUGGCCAAUCCGAUUGAAGCUUGUGGGCCGAUACAAGUACCUCCCCUUCUGCCCAACGUGACUGGUGUGUACUUUGCCCUCAUCAAGAGAGGGAGCUGUAACUUCGAUAAGAAGGUAUAUAAUGCCCAACAGGCAAGGUACAUGGGGGCCAUUGUGUAUAACGAUGAAGGCAAUGUCCUCACUACUAUGAGCGGUAGUCAAUAUAACAAGUUAAUCUAUAUACCAUCAGUGUUUGUUGGGAAAGACAGUGGCGAAACAUUGCAAGGGAUGAACUACUCAACAGGGUAUACCAUUGAGCUAACUCCUGGCUUCGUCUUUCCCUUUCAUUUAUACCUCAUCCCAUUCGCAAGCAUAGUAGGAAUAUGUUUCAUCGUAAUGUUAUGCUUCAUGAUUGCAAAGUAUGUGAGAGAUCAACGAAGGCAAAGGAAAGCCAGACUAUCCCGGGACCAUCUCAAAAAGCUGCCUAUCAAGAAAUUCAAGAAGGGUGAUGAAUAUGAUAUAUGUGCUAUCUGCCUUGAUGACUACGAGGAAGGUCAAAAGCUGCGCAUACUGCCUUGCAACCAUGCUUACCACUGUAAAUGCAUAGACCCCUGGCUGACGAACAACCGUCGCACCUGCCCCAUCUGCAAGCGCAAGGUCAUCCCUCCGGGCAUGGCUGACUCGGACGAGGAAUCUGACUCUGAGGCCGGUGACGCCCCAAACGAGAACACGCCUCUCCUAUCUAGCAUGCAUUCAGAUAACCUGAGCGACCAUGGCGCGGUGGGUGGACUCGCCGAGACGGCGACUCCGCCCCCAUCCCCGAUGACGUCCGUUGAAGGCGAUGACUACCCGCCCAUCGACACCUUGAUCAAGGUCGAGUCGGAUUCGGAGUCUUCUGGAAGUUUCCCGCUUGAGGAGGCUAAAGGGAACAUCCAGGAACCACCCAACAGUAACGUGCUCAGCGUGACCGUGCAUUCUGAGAACGAAAUAGAUCCAAGCACGAGUAGUGCUCCCAAAGUCUGAAACCCCACCUAUAGUGGGACAUUUAAAUUGAAGGAAUGAACUGCGUGAAUCAUCGUCACCCGCUAGCAAUUGACAUCAUAGAACCUUGAUGAUAAUGAAAGACAGAAUAAAUGACUGACUGAAUGACUAAAGGAAUGGAUUGAAUGAACAAAGACGAAUCGAUUAAGCGCCAUUUCAAUCUUGCAUCGUUAUCACAAUGAUUCAUUUAUUGCACUCGAUCGUGGGGAACUGCCAAAUUUAUGAACAGCGCCCUCACCCCACCAAUGCAGGCAGUCGCAUUUCCUGUGAUACUCUCCAUGAUUUCUGCACUUUCAUGGUGGGAAAUUUUCCUACGGCAUCAAAGAAGGAGUUGGGAUGAAUUUGAUUUCCAAAGCAGCUGUGCACUUAAUGUACACGUAUCUAAGACAAGCUAACGGACGCUAGCUUCAGUUGUCAUGGUUAGCAGGUUCUGCUAACUGAUUUUUUUUUUAUAGGGCACUUGUCUUUGAAGUAUUGAAUGUGAUUAUCAUAAGGUCUGUUUGUAGCCAAAAGGGCAUGUAACUCUGUUCAAGUAUAAUAUACUUGAAGGGCGUUAACUCAUAUUAUGAAUUAACGCUCUUCUGGCUACAAACAGACGGUAUCGUGAUGUACAUAGCACUGUUUUUGUGUUAAAAAUUCUAAUACAUUAUUUGACUUUACCACUUUAGAAAUGAUGAUCAUUAAGUACAUAUUUAAAAGAUUGUAUACCUUUGAUUAUACACAUUCACAUCAAAAAACAAAUGUCAUCAUUUUGUGUUAUGAGUUGCAUUUAUGGAUAUAAUUUUUUCUCCUAUUUCCAUUACUCUCCGUACAUACUUGUAGCUUUCUUUUCACCCUAUUAUCAUUCACUAGGUACAUUAUACACUCUAGAUAUUUCUUUUAAACCCAUAUUGUUGACACAUAUAAAUAUUACUUGAAAGAAGAAAGUGAGGUAUAAAGAUAUUAAUUUUGUUCACUAUAUUUUGGGGAAAAUUGAGAGAUCUUAUUAAUUUCAUCUUGUUAUGUAAGAGGAAGCACUUAUUAUAUUUUUUCUAAAUAUAAACUUAGCAACUAUACACUAAUGUCAAUUUUUAGAAAAUAAAGUGGCCAAUUUUACCUUAAUUUCUAAACUACUGGUAUAAGACUUUAUGGAUAGUUUUCAGAAUGCUGCUCUACUAUGAAGCAUUUUAAACACCCUUGUAUUAUCAAUCCAA